UGGCAACGGCCGGAAGUGACGUUGCGGCGCCGCGCGUUGGCCGGAAAUGACGCUGCGCUUCGCGCGGAGGCGGUGGAGCCGGGCCGGAGCCAUGUCAGCGGGAGGCGGCGGGCAGCGCGACGCUGGGACCGCGGGCGGGCGGCGCAGCAAAUGGGAUCAGCCCGGCCCGGCCCCCGCCUUCCUUCUCUCUGGCGCGGCUCCGCUGCCCGGCCGGCCUUUCCCCGGCGGCGGAGAUGGCGGCACCGCUGUGGGGGUCUCCGAGAGCUCCGCGGCUCCGUCGGGGGCUCUGGAUGCGGCCGCGGCUGUGGCAGCGAAGAUCAACGCGAUGUUAAUGGCCAAAGGGAAGCUGAAGCCAGCGCCUAACGCGGCGGAUAAGCUGCAGGCUCUGGGGAAAGGUCCGGCCACAAAUAAAAGCAAAGAUGACCUCGUGGUGGCAGAGGUGGAAAUCAACGACGUGCCCCUCACAUGCAGAAACCUCCUGACGAGGGGGCAGACCCAGGAUGAGAUAAGUCGACUGAGUGGAGCUGCUGUCUCUACUCGAGGGCGGUUCAUGACUGCAGAGGAGAAAGCAAAAGUGGGACCUGGAGAUCGCCCUCUGUAUCUUCAUGUCCAGGGUCAGACAAGGGAGCUGGUUGACAGAGCUGUUAAUCGUAUUAAGGAGAUAAUUACUAAUGGAGUAGUGAAGGCUGCCACAGGUUCCAGUCCAACAUUCAAUGGAGCUACAGUGACUGUGUACCACCAGCCAGCCCCCAUCGCUCAGAUGUCUCCAGCAGUUGGUCAGAAGCCUCCAUUCCAGUCAGGGAUGCAUUACGUUCAGGACAAAUUAUUCGUCGGUCUGGAGCAUGCUGUACCUACAUUUAAUGUGAAGGAGAAGGUGGAAGGGCCCGGCUGCUCCUAUCUGCAGCACAUUCAGAUUGAAACAGGUGCCAAAGUCUUCCUUCGUGGAAAAGGCUCGGGUUGCAUCGAGCCAGCAUCAGGCAGAGAAGCUUUUGAACCCAUGUACAUCUACAUCAGUCAUCCAAAGCCAGAAGGUUUGGCAGCUGCUAAAAAGCUGUGUGAAAAUCUGUUGCAAACCGUCCAUGCUGAAUACUCCCGGUUUGUGAAUCAGAUAACGACAGCUGUACCUUUGGCAGGCUUUGCACAGCCUGCUGCUAUCAACAGCGUUCCUUCUCAGCCGUCAUAUUACCCUUCCAAUGGAUAUCAGUCUGGUUAUCCUGUCGUUCCCCCUCCCCAGCAACCGGUUCAGCCUCCAUAUGGUGUUCCAGGCAUGGUUCCACCCGCGGUGCCAAUGGCCCCAGGCGUCCUCACAACGCUUCCUGCAGGAGUUCCACCUGUGCCGACGCAGUACCCAAUAUCUCAAGUUCAGCCUCCAGCCAGCACUGGGCAGAGUCCACUGAGCGCUCCUUUCCUUCCUGCUGCUGCCCCGGUCAAAACAAGCCUGCCAGCUGGUACACAGCCACAAGUCCAGGCCCAUCCCCAAGGCCAAAAGAGGCGUUUCACCGAGGAGCUGCCCGAUGAGAGGGAGUCAGGACUGCUGGGAUAUCAGCAUGGACCCAUUCAUAUGACUAAUUUAGGUACAGGCUUCUCCAGUCAGAGCGAAAUCGAUGGAGCCGGGUCGAAGUCAGCAAGUUCCUCAGGAAAGGAGAGAGAGAGGGACAGGCAGUUGAUGCCUCCACCAGCUUUUCCUGUCACUGGGAUGAAAUCAGAAUCUGAAGAAAGAAAUGGUGUGGGGUCUUUACCAGGCAGCCAUGAUCAUCAAGCAAAGAAGAUGAAAACAUCCGAGAAGGGCUUUGGAUUGGUGGCAUAUGCUGGAGAUUCGUCAGAUGAAGAGGAGGAACACGGUGGCCAUAAAAAUGCAAGUACUUUUUCACAGGGGUGGAGUUUGGGAUACCAGUAUCCUUCCUCACAACAGCGAGCCAAACAACAGAUGCCAUUUUGGAUGGCACCGUAAAAGCUACAGAACUGUCUUCAUUCAUCUCUUUAUUAUUAUUUUUUUUUCCUCUAGCAAUAAUGCAUGUAUAUUACAAAAAGAACUUUGCAAAUAUGCAUUGUUUUUACAUUUGCAGAAGCUAAAGGUUCAGUAUUCCGCCUUGAAAGGGCUCCAUUAUUUUUAAACUCUUUAUUUCUGCAGUGAAUUUGUCAUCUAUGAAAACCAUUUGAAAUAGCAUUUGGACAGGGCCGGUCCCUCACAGCGUGGGGGAGGUUCUGGAAAGAGAAACCUGUCCUCUGUUUCCCAUU